GUUGCAUUGAAACCUUUGUUUAUGAAGGAAAGGACUCCAUGUCGUCUUGCCCUUGAGGAUAAAGUUUCAGGCAACAACAUUGUCGUGGCGGAUGGUAUGGUACAACCCUCAGAUGGUGCAUUGCCCCAACAUUUUACAUCGAUGAAGCCUGGUCACUAUAAAGUCCAAGUUGAUUUUGUUUACGACGGACAUGUUGAUGAUAUUCUUCCGGUACCUACGGGAGAUGGUUUCACUAACUUAGGCGGUGCUCUGGGUAGUUUUGUGCAAUGGCCCAUACACUUAGUGAUUUUCGAAGACGGCGAGGAUUGUACUUCACCUCCUAAAAAGAAGUCCAAGUCUAAUGUUUCUAAAGAGAGGGAUGGUAGCUCCAAGAAAAAGACAACGGUAUUAGCGGCCCAAAAGAAGACAACAGACUUAGCAUCCAAGGAAUUUUCGCAUCCAAAGAAGUCGAAUUCUAAGCCUAAGUCCAACUUAGAGGUGGUGAGUAGUUGUGAUCUUUAUCAUGACUUCAGCGCCUGA